AUUGGCACAUGGCGUGCGCUGGCAGAAGUCAAACGGGCGUAUCGUGUUGGCGACGCAGACGACGAUGGAUCUCCCAAACAUGAGGAAGUCCCAGUACUACGACGAGCCUGAGCGGCGUUCAGACAUGCAGCUCCGAAUGACGCCGGUGUACAAUGUGCAGGACAAGACCCACGUGGAAGAACCAUCCUUCACGCACACAAUCCGACACAUUUGGCCGCUCAUCUUUGGAUUGGCCUUCCUGGCAGGAUCGUCGUACGGCGUGGCGACGCUCGUCAAAACAUACGAGGUGGAUCCGACCUACUUGAACAUGACGUUUGCCGAGUUCAGGGAGGAACAAGUGCUUGGUGAACAGUGCAGAGCUGUGGACCACGCCGUGCCGUGGAAGGAGCUCCAACGAAAGAUCCGCGGGUGUCGUCGUUUCGAAUACUAUGACCCGAUGCACAACGACUGCCAAGCGUGCCCCGCCCACCAGCCCACAGACAAGGUCUUUGCCGUGUUUUGGGAAACUCAAAGCAAUUGCCAGCAUCUGGUGGGCAACCCCAAUAUUCGAUUUGUGACCCAUGUGAUGUGGUCGUUCUCUACACUACGAGCCGACGGCAGCGUGGAGCAGAAUCUGCAGUACUGGGAUGACAAGCACAUCAAGAACUGCAUGGCCCAGCUGCGCAUGCGCUGCAUCAAGAGCAUUGUCGCGCUCGGUGGCGCCAACAACCGAGACAUGUUCUAUGGACUCCGCCAACCCGAAAACGUCGAGCGGUUCACGGCAUCUGCUGUGUCAUUGGUCAAAAAGUAUGGCUUUGACGGGAUUGACGUGGAUGACGAGACGGCCAACAUGGUCAUCAACAAGGGCAAGUGGAAGGACUUUCAUGGCCAGACGGUCGUCGACUACUUGACGGCGCUUCGAAAAGGUAGAGGAUUCACAUCGCGGGAAAUAUAUAGAUAUAUUUGUGUACAAUUCAUAGCACUGGACAAAGCACGGGUGCCCGAUGAGCCGAGAUAUAUUUUGUCCUGGGACGAGUUUCCACAGUCAUGGACGCCGUCCGACUGUGAAAUUUACAACAACAACGACGGAUGGCAUCGGUGCUGGGAGCCGCGCAUCACCGACUUGGUGGAUUGGGUCAACAUCAUGUACUACAACAUGUUUGGGUACCCGCAGUUCGGAAAUCCAUUUUACGACCUCAUGGCCAAGCACUUGCCGGAACGGGUGUUGCCUGCAAUCAAAGACCCCAACAAGAUCGUGCUGGGCGCGUGCACUGGUCAAGGGUGUGUGCUGCCGCAGCCGGACGGCCAAGACGUGAUGAAUGCUGGCAACGGGUCUGCGUACUACGGAGGUACGACACAUGCAGACUCGUGUUGUCUCUGAAGUCAAGGGAUUCUGCACAGGCACGAUGCUGUGGAGUGCUACGAUCGACAUUUUGCUGGAGAAUUCGACCAGCCUCCGUCGCAUGGGCCGGGCAGGCAAUUACGGCGUCAAGAUGCCAUUUCGUGCCCCCCAUCCGUAGUUCCUAGAGGCAUACAUGUAGUUGGUAGCAUAAUAAUGUAUGUUGUAUACUACUAGUAGUAGUAUACAACAUCUAAUAUCUCCAAUAGUAGUCUACUACUAUUGGAGAUUCGGAAUGAAUUCCUGGAUCCCGUUUACAAAUCGAUC